AGGAGGAGGAAGAGGAGGAAGAAGCGCAGAUGGAGGCAGGAGUCUGAACUCCACCGGGAUGAGUUCACCGGCUUCCGGGAUGCUUUAACGCGCCGUCUGGAUCUGACGCACACCAACAAGACUGCGCCAGAAACCUUCCUGACUGCGCGAAGAGAGAACCACUUGUGCUCCGGUUGGACUCCCGGUUCUGUGCAUUGAUCACCGCCGCAGUCGGACUUUUGGCGCUGUUUCUGACGGUACCGGUGCGGAAUGAAUGAAACCAGCGCAGUGGAAACUGAGAGACGUCGCUGCAGCGCCGGCGGAUUGUCUGGGACGGAUCCCGCUUCACCGACUCCGAACUGAUCCUGAAUGAACACAAACAUGUACGCUGGGAGGAAGCGCAGAAAACCGGCGCAAAGAGGAGUUAAACCCGUUCCAGCUGAGGGAACCAAAACCAACCCAUCCAAACGGCACCGCGACCGGCUGAACUCAGAACUGGACCGGCUGGCCAGCCUGCUGCCCUUCCCAGAGGAGGUCAUCUCCAGCCUGGACAAGCUGUCCAUCCUGAGGCUCAGCGUCAGCUACCUGCGCACCAAGAGCUUCUUCUCAGAGGCGUUGAAGCACCAACCUCCCAAUGGCAUCAGGAAGAGCAGCGAUGGAAACGCUGAGGGCGGCAUAUCAGAGGGCGAGCUCCUGCUUCAGGCGCUGAACGGCUUUGUGGUGGUGGUCACGUCUGAAGGAAGCAUCUUCUUCUGCUCUCACACCAUCCAGGAUUACCUCGGCUUCCAUCAGACUGAUGUGAUGCACCAGAGUGUGUUUGAGCUGAUCCACACUGAAGACCAGCAGGAGUUCAAGAGGAACCUGCACUGGGCCCUGAACCCCCUGGUCAGCCUGGAGCCCCCCACUGAUCCAGCAGGUGAAGAGCUGAAGUCUUCCAGCCCGGUGAGCUACAACCCUGACCAGCUUCCACCGGAAAACUCCUCCUUCCUGGAGCGAGCGUUCGUCUGCCGCUUCCGCUGCCUGCUGGAUAACUCCUCUGGCUUUCUGCCGCUGAGUAUCCAGGGCAGACUGAAGUUCCUCCACGGUCAGAGUCGGCAGAGUGGAAGCAGCCCUCCUCAGCUCGCCCUGUUCGCCGUGGCAACGCCGCUGCAGCCUCCUGCCAUCCUGGAGAUCCGGUCCAAGAACAUGAUCUUCAGAACCAAACACAAACUUGACUUUACGCCGAUGGCCUGCGACACAAAAGGGAAAAUCGUUCUGGGUUACACCGAGGCUGAGCUGAGAAUGCGAGGAUCCGGCUACCAGUUCAUCCACGCCGCUGACAUGAUGUACUGCGCUGAAAACCACAUUAGAAUGAUAAAGACGGGUGAGAGCGGGCUGACCGUCUUCAGGCUGCUCACCAAAGACAACCAAUGGAAAUGGGUCCAGUCCAACGCCCGACUCGUCUACAAGAACGGGAAGCCGGACUACAUCAUCGCCACCCAGAGGCCUUUGGCGGAGGAGGAAGGAGGAGAACACCUGAGGAAGCGAUCUAUGCACCUUCCCUUCACCUUUGCCACCGGAGAAGCUCUCCUGUACCAAACCAGCCACCUGCUGCACAGCUUCCCUGAUUCCUCCCACGGCAAAACCAGAGGCAGCAAGUCCAAGAAGGGCAAAGUGGACAAGAGUUCCUCUGAUGAACUGAAGCCAGACUCACUGCUGGGGGCGCUGAUGAGUCAGGAUGAGUCUGGGUACAGCUGCCAACCAAAUGCAGAGUCUCGGACAUUGUACCAUGGCAGCAGUCCUGCUGAGUCCGAUAACUUGUUGAGCAGCACCACCUGGAAUAUUGUCUCCAACCGGGACAUGGGAACAUGCAACGGAGACAGCUUUGACCCUCUUCUGUCAACAUUGGACUCUUUGUCACUGGAUGGAGGGGAAACUUGCUCUAACAGUGAGCUCUUCAGUGCUCUGGAGAGUCUGGGCCUAAACGCAGACGACCUGGAGCUGCUCCUGCUGGAUGAGCGGAUGAUGCAGGUGGAGCUGGAUCCCAACCGCGUUCCCACUCUGACCGACCUUCUCACCAAUAACGAAAUCCUCACUUACGUCCACGACACUCUGCAGAGUGAGAUGGAGAACGAAGUCCCCUCUUCAGACCCUGACUCCACCCCCCAGCAGCCAUGUUUGAUGCCUGAAGCCCCUUUGGACCCCCCCGCCUUCAGGCAGCCCAUCGUCCAGCUGUCGCAGCAGAUGCAGCAGCACAUCCAGGCUGCCUCACAUCCUGCGGUGGUCGAGAAUCCAGCUGGUUUAUCUGACAGUCUCUGGGUGGACCACCAUCUUCAGACCACACUAGCUGGUCCACAGCUGGACGCUGAGCAUCUAAACCCACAUCUGGAAUCACCAUGGCAACUGCAGAUAAACACUGAGAGCACAGCCUCAUCAAGCUUCCAGAACGGAUCUUACAUUCCAAACCAGAACAUGACUUUCCCCUUGAACCUGAACAUUAGCGUCCCAGAUUACUCUUUAGAUGCAUGCAACACUCUGCUGAACGGCGAGGCAACGCUGGAAGUUCAUCAGCAUCACGAUGGGAUGACCACAGCGGCCACGCCCGCACAUCUGGGCCAGCAGAAACAGAACACAGCGUCCUGUUUGUCCCACGGAGCGGCGGACCUGGACCAGCAGCGGCUCAGCCUGCCAAACCUGAGCUGCAGCGUGUUCGGCCCCGCAGCAGACGGGAAGGUUAAUGUAGGGUACGUCCGGACGUGUCUAAUUCCUGGAAGAAACGGAGUGGAGGCUGUGACGGGCCCUGACGAAGUCUCCGACUUACAGGACCCCCAGAAGUCUGGAUUCUUCCUCUGACCGGACAAAGCAGGGCAGAGGUGGGACAGAUGUCAGCGUUUUAGAGAAUGAUCAGGAACCUUGGACCAGAUCAUUUUCACAACCAUUGUUCUGACGUCUCAUCUCAACAUAAAACUACUUUAGUAAGGAGGAAAGUCCAGGAGAAGACCUCUUUCACUGAAUCUGUCCUGCUCAUUGAUUCUCCAGCCUAGACGUCCUGAGAGGAGGACAUUCUUACUCAGAUGUCCUCCACUCAGAGGAACUGCUGCAAAGGUUUGAGGUUCUCUCUCCUCAUUACUGCUGCUUCUAUUCCACCUUUUAAGAUUAGUAUCCUCUUAUGCAAACAGAUGUUAGUUUAAUAUGAGCGCAGUCUGAGAUAAUCUGCAAAGCUCAGAGUCAAAGAGCAUUUAAAUCGUCUAAACAAGAAGCUUUAGUCAAGAGUUUAAUGUCGUCACGUGGUGCAAACACAGACAGGAGAUAAACGGUCGUUAUAGCCUUUAUGGUCUAUCAGAAGAAAAGUAGACCACUGUUGGAGAUUUUAAAACAAUCUGCAGUAUUUUAAAUGAAAGUAUAUCUAGUAUUUUGAAGAACAUUAGGUGGUUAAAUUAAGCAGAGAUUUAAGCAUAAGGCUAAUGAGAUCACUUAGAUGUUCUAUCGAGACGCAGUCAGACGACUGGAUUGGUUGGAGAAAAUUGAAAAGCAUUUUUUUUUGGUUGGUUUCCAAACUGGAGGUGUGGGCGGAGCUCCAGUUAUUGCCUUGUCCUGGAAACAAACACCUGUCGAGUGGAAGAAAACCCAACUGCACUCACAGCCUCGGCAGACAUGAGGACCUAAUUGUAAAUAAGUUUUUUGCUUUGUUUGUUUUCUUGAGUAUUGAAAUUACAGCAGAGAGCACUAAAACACUGACUGUGUCUACGGGUUCUGUUCAGUCAGGGUGAGAAAGUAAUUACACCCGCUUUUAACUUUAGGGUAUGUUGAUUGGGUUCAUUGAGGUUUGAGGGUCCUACCACAGCUCUGGUUGAGGUGUAGACUUUAACUAGGCCAUUUUAACACCUUGAUUCUUUACUUUUUCAGCUGUUCUGUUGUAGAUUAGCACCUCUCUUUGGGUUCACUGUUGCGUUGAUGACCCAGUUUGGUCAGCGUUGGACAUACGUCUUCACAUUUGACUUUGGAAAAGCAUAUCCUGAAAACUAAAACAGGGUGCACUUUCUUUUUGAAUUGACUGUGUUUAAAACCAAGAUGUUUCUGUGUUACAUUCUGGUGCUACUUUAUCAGCAGUUAAAGCUGGAGGCUCAAACCAAAUCCUGAACCAAGACAACGCCAUCAGAGCCCCUCUUCUUUUUAGUAAGGAGUUUCUGUUGGUUACCGUUUCCAAUCCAAGUGAAUCUGAAGGUACCAAACAGCCAGAAGGAGGCGGUUCACACCUGGGGUCAAACUAGGUCACCACUUGUCUCCCAAGUUGCUUCUGGUUAUCAGAUCUUAAUGUCCGGUCAAAUAUGCAGAUCCAGUCCAACAUUUACUGGUCUGAAAGAUGAGCAAACCAUAUGCACCUUUUAUGCUAGAAGUUUCUGGGAUGUGCUUGGUUAAGAUCAGAGGUCUUGGUAGACAUUUCCAAAAGGAUAACAUUAGCAUUAAACCAGCCUGGACCGGUCUGAGUCAGUCUGGACAUGUGUUUGGGGUCAUUGACCAGGAGGAACACCAAACCUUGUACCGUCCAGGUCUUGAUUUGAAGAAUACUGAAAGAUUCAGUGGUUCACAAGUUUGAGUCGAGAUGGUUCCCAUAUCCAAUCCAACUUGCUCUGAACAAACCUCUUAUUCUGACCCAACAGUUGAAUUGUUUUCCUUGUUUGACCUUAGACCUUUGUCUGGAUGGCUUCUUGCAGCAGAAACUCCAUCUUGGUUGACAUCCUUUCAGUCCAACUCUGUAAAGUGUUUCUACAGAUUUGGUUCACAAUCCUCUGAAACCCAAGAGCUGAUGCCCUUUUCCAUUACACAACUCUGAAAAACUGUGUAGCAGCAAUAUCACCCACACCCUGUUGCCCCUUGUUUGCUGUUGUGCUUCUUGCUUUUGUCUUUAGUUGGACCACAGGUGACAUCAUACUUGACAAACCAGGUAUUACCCGAUGCCCAACUGGAACCAGGUUUGGCAUUCAGGAACCUCAAACAACCAACACUGGUUCAAAAUCCCUUUUGGGAAGCAGAAUGGACUCCGACUUACGUUGGUGGAUAAAACCUUGGUGUUCCAGCAGUUUCUAGUUCUUGGCAGCCCUGGUUGUUCCAGGCCAUCCUAACCAAUUCGCUUUGCUGCCACCAACAUACCCUUUCAUCGGACGGGGACAGUUUGGGACUGGUUUCAGAUCUUUGUACCGGAACAACUUGUAAUUAUUUGGGUUCAAACUACCAUUCAGACCCUUUGACUGACAGUAGCACCAGGUGUGAACAGCCUAACGCUCCAGAAGUGCUGCUGCCAUGUUCCCUUCCUCCCACUGUGACAGACCAGACACGCUGCUCCAAAGGAACCACAGAGACCGUUCCCCGGCCGUCUUCUUUCUGACUCAGAAGCUGUUUCUGUACCGAGACGGGUCGGCGUUUAGCAUUUAGCACCAAGUCAGAAACCAAAACCCAGUCAGAAACUGAACAGGGAGCAGAUCCGGUGUUGAAUGUUCUCAGAGUUUUUAUCUAACAGGAAGUAGGUUCUUCAGGGCAACCAGCAGACGACAAUCAAUACGACGACAAAAGGCAUUUACUGAUCUGCCUCGUUUGGUUUUAUUGUUUUUAUACUUUAGUCAUUUUUCCUAUAAAGCAGAUUAUUUAAGAGCUCUUAUGAGAUCAAAUGCUGUAUGAAGACAAAUUAUAAAGCAAAGCAUCGUUUUCAAAGAAGCUAGAACAGUAUGGUUGUGUAUGUGUGUGUUUAGUGUUUGGAAAGGUGUUUACAAUCACUGUGCUUACAAACUCUCCCCAGCACUGAAGGGACUAAAAAAAGCAUUUUAUUAGGUAGAAAUAUUGUUAGUGUUCUGGUUUUAUGUUUUGGGGAGUUUGUCACUUUAGCUGAAACAAAAAUGGUGCCAUAAGAGUGAGCCGAAGCUUGCUUAGUUAAGUGUUUCACAAUAUAAAGGGCACAAGAGCAGCAUUUUCUGUGUUGAAAUGUGUUUUCUGAUGUUGUUCAAACCCACUUUGUCCGGCUGUUACUGAAACCAAACUUUCCUCACACCGUUUUGUCCAUGUUAGCUCAUUUAUUUUGCGACUUUUCUUCACUCAAGCUCCUAGUUGUUUGUCAGAUUUUUGUGAAAAAGAAAAAAAAAAUGCAGUUUUUUUCUGAGAUGAGUGUCGAAAUGUGCUGGAAAUAAAGGAUUUUGUGCAACCACACUCAAUAGUUGCCUCUUUGCAACCAACUGCUGUUCCUCACCUGCCCACCAGGUGUCAGCGUAGCUCCCAACCCAGCUGAAACUUGACCCUAGAAAGAAAUGCAACAAAGGAAGCAAAAAAAAAGAAAUCAUGGUGAGAAAUUAAGAAAAUAAUAAAUCUUUCUUCAUAUUCUCCUUCCAGUCAAAACUUUCC